AUGUUCCAGCGACAGCCCCAAGUGAAGUCCCAGCCAACAGUGGCAUCAACUGCAGCAUGGAGUGACAAGACUCAGAAGAUUCCAGGUUCCAGCCUUUGGGCUGCCCCAGCUGACGAUAAGAGUAUGCACAUUUCUUGGGGGUUUAUCCCUAUGCCUGGCAUCAAAUUCUACCUGCCUGGAACUGUGGCCAAAGUGUCCCCAUCUAUGCUCCCUGAGAGUUCAGCAUACUUUCAGAGGCCCCUGAAUGAUGAAGAUGGAUGGAGGGCUGCCAUAGCAGCGCCGCCUGGGCUGAGUGGGUGUGACGUUAUGCCAGUGUUUCCCAAACAGCAGUCUGUGAAAUCCUUGUUCUCCUUGAAAAAUGAGCUGCAUGAUCAGGUGCCUGGAGGUGCAGACCACUUCCCCUCAGCCACCAGCACCUUGGUGCAUUGGUACAUUCAGCAAACAUCGAUUGAAGGAACAAGUCGGCCAGGGGGCCACGCCAUAGCAGUGGCUUUUAAAGACACUCAGAAGACACCCAUGGAACCAGAGAUGGCAAUUCACCGAAUUAAAAUUACUCUAACCAGCUGCAACAUAAAAUCUUUGGAGAAGGUAUGUGCUGCCUUGAUCAGAGGCACUAAGGAAAAGAAUCUCAAAGUGAAAGGACCAGCUCUGAUGCCCACCAAGACUCUGAGAAUCACUACAAGAAAAACUCUUCAUGAUGAAGGUUCUAAGACUUGGGAUCAUUUUCAGAUGAGGAUCCACAAGCGACUCAUUGAUUUAUACAGUCCUUCUGAGAUUGGUAAGCAGAUUACUUCCAUUAGUAUUGAGCCAGAAGUUGAGGUUGAAGUCACCCGUGCUGAUGCUUGA